UUCACAAGCCAGAAUAAGGAUCAGAUAUUUCUACAUCAUUGAUACACAUUUAGUAUAAUACAUCUGUUAGUGUGACUCCGAAAAACAUGUGAGGAUUCUAAGGAAGAAGUGUGUGUGGGCGAAAACAUUUAUUUUUAAUCGAGUCUUGAAAGAAUUCUGAAACACUUAAAAAUGUUUCUGAAGACAUUGACGAUAUGCAUCUUCAUCCUCCUCUUGGAAGCAAGUCUUUCAGAACAAGCAAAUGUUAGAGAUCGUUUUCGAAAGAGCACUGAAAGAAGUACAUCAAACAAGGCAGAGGGAAAAGUAGUUAACAAAAAAUCACAGUUUGAAAGAUCAGUUCCGAAGCCAGACAAGGAGGACACUGAACAAGCCAGCCGGGGUAAUUCCAGAGGAUUGACUGACGCGGCGGUGAGACAAGAGUUCGGAGACUUCAAGAACUAUUCUGGCUGGCGGAUCUUAAGAAUCUACCCGCCGGAUGCCCUCGCCCUCGACGACCUGGCCGCGACGCUUUGGGAAAUGAGGCAACUGGUGGUACUUGGCAUCUUCAGGAAAGAGCUGGUGAUCGAGGUUGCCCUCUCGGGUAAUGCCAUUUUGGACGAGGCAAUGCCCGAGUCUCGCUUCUCCUUCUGUUGCAUUGAUGACCAGCGGAAAGACGGCGAUUCCCGGACGGGAUCUCAUCGCGAUAUGUGCCCGAGCGAUGCCUGGGGAAGGGACACUGGCUACAGCACGUCGGGGAUUAACAUGGCAAGAGAAAUCGUGGAUUGGGAGACUUUGAAAACGAUUGAUGCCGAUUAUACAACGAGAUUGGAUGGAACAGAGACCUUUGCAUGGGACAACUUCUACCGCUACGAAUCCAUCGUCACUUUCACCAAGGAAUUAGCGUCCCAGUAUUCCAGUGUUGAGUACAUAAAGAUCGGCAGAAGCGUAGAAGGAAGGGCUAUAUAUGCUCUGCUCUUCGCAAAAAAAGCCAGGAGCCUAAAAAAGAAGUACAUGCGGAGUAUGAAAAAGGAACGCAGAAGAAAUAAGAAGGGAAGCGAGUAUUCCCCCAAAAUCAAGAGGAGGAAGACCACACGGGGUACUAAGAACAAGCCCAUGGUUUUAAUGGAAGGAGGCGCUCACGCCCGCGAGUGGAUCUCCCCGGCCGUGGCGACUUACCUGGCGCAGCAGCUGGCGGACUCCGGCAAGAACUUCCUGAAGCGCGUGACGGUGAUCCUGGUGCCGGUCCUGAACCCCGACGGCUACGAGUACUCGCACACCACCGACAGGCUGUGGCGCAAGAACCGACGGGCCAACUCCGGCUCCGACUGCGCGGGCGUCGACCUCAACCGCAACUUCGACAAGGCCUUCGGGCUUCCUUCGGGCUCUAGCGACGACCCUUGCUCCCUGAUCUACCACGGCGCCAAGGCCUUCUCCGAGCCCGAGACGCGCGGCCUCCGAGAUCUGGCCAACGUCUUUAGAAAGGAUCUCAACAUCUACAUGAGUCUUCACAGCUACGGGAAGUUCAUUCUGUAUCCCUGGGGGUACAUCAACGCCCCGGCUCCUACGAGAAAGCAGCUCAAGGGCGUCGCUGGGAAAAUGAGCAGGCAUUUUAAGGAUAAUGGUUAUAAUGGUUUUCAACACGGCCAGGCAUCCUCUUUGCUGUACAAGGCAUCUGGAGUGUCUGAUGAUUACAUGUACAGCAUUGGAAUAGACUACGCGUAUACCAUCGAACUACAGGGACUUGACUUUAUCAUUGAUCCCAAGAACAUUAUCCCAGUCUCAGAUGCUAUGUGGAACACGUUAGUUUGUUUCAUUGGCGAUGUUUCAAAUGCAAAAUCCAUCAAGAGCUUCUGCGGGAAGCGACUUGUCAGGACUACACUAGAAGAUGGCACAAUUGUAAGUAGGUGGUUCGAGAAGAGCAUUUCCUUGAAGAGAGCGGAGCAGAUCAUCAGAGGCAAAUAUCUCGCUAUGAAAAAUAAAUAUUUCGAGUAACGUUGACGAUAACUGUAAAUAAGGAAAAUGUAAUAAUGUAGUUGAUAAUAAAUCAUAGAAGCCA